AACAGAGAACGAGAGAAAACUCAUACCAGUUUGAAUGUAACCAGGAUGUGGGAGAGUGUGUUUUCACUCUGCGUGUACAUCGUGGUCACUUGGGCGCAGUUCCCACGUGAUUGCGUGACACCCGAGGUCCUGCGUAGUGGCACCUGCUGUCCAUCACCCACUGGCCUGGCCAAUGAUGAAUGUGGACUGAGGACCGGGCGUGGCCGGUGUGUGCCUGUUGUUGCUGACUGGCGCUCACAUGGCCCUCAGUACCCUCAUGACGGACGGGACGAUCGGGAGCGAUGGCCGCUGCGCUUCUUUAACAGGACCUGCCAGUGUAACACGAAAUUUAGUGGGUACAACUGUGGACGGUGCAGAUAUGGGCUUACUGGAGUUAACUGUGAUCAGAGAAUCAGUGUGGUGCGUCGUAACAUCAUGCAGAUGUCGCCAAAGGAGAAACAGGCUUUCGUGAACGCUCUGGCUCAAGCGAAGAGAACGGUCCAUCCUGAUCUGGUUAUCUGCACACGACGCUAUCAGGAGCUCUUUGGCCCAGAUGGAAACAUCGUCCAAUGUGAAAACAUCACCAUCUACAACUUUUUCGUCUGGACUCAUUAUUAUUCUGUUGCGAAGACGUACAUGGGGCCGGGACAGCAGAGCUUUGGAGGCGUGGACUUCUCUCAUGAAGGUCCAGGAUUCCUUACAUGGCACCGGUUCCACCUGCUGCAACUAGAGAGUGAUAUACAGGACAUGCUCAGGAACCCAGCAUUUGCCCUGCCAUACUGGAACUUUGCGAUUGGAGGAAACGAGUGUGAUAUCUGCACAGACGACCUGCUCGGAGCCAGGAGCAGCUUUGACAUGAACAGCAUUAGCUCUAACUCCGUGUUCUCUCAGUGGAGAGUGAUAUGCGAGGAUGUGGAAGAGUAUGAGACACAAGGGACCAUCUGUAACAGUACAGAAGGCGGUCCAAUCAGACGGAAUCCUGGUGGGAAUGUGGCUCGGCCAAUGGUCCAGAAACUACCGGAAAAUCAAGAUAUAAUCGAGUGUCUGGAGCUCAACACUUUUGAUAGAUCUCCGUACUACUCCACCUCCUCUUGGAGCUUUAGGAAUACUAUUGAAGGUUACAGCACCCCCCAGGGGAACUAUGACCCAGAGGUGCGCAGUCUACACAAUCUGGCUCAUCUAUUCCUCAAUGGUACAGGCGGUCAGACACAUGUGUCACCCAACGACCCCAUCUUUGUCCUGCUGCACACUUUUACUGAUGCCAUCUUUGAUGAGUGGCUACGUAGGCACCACCCUGUCACAGUGUUUUACCCUGAAGAAAAUGCUCCCAUUGGUCACAAUUGGCAUUUCAACAUGGUUCCUUUCUGGCCACCGAUCACAAAUGGGGAAAUGUUCGUCUCGGCACCCGACAGUCUCGGAUACACCUAUGAGGUCCAAUGGCCAACUCGGCCGUAUAACAUCUCGGAGAUCAUUACCAUUGUUAUAGUGGUCGUGGUGCUGGUGGUGAUGGGGGUAAGUGGAGUCACUGCGUGUUUUAUCAGAGUGCUUGGUUCACGUGAAGGGCUGGAGCCACUGCUUGGGGAACAUUUCCGUUGCUACUCAGAAGACGAUUGCAGGUUUCGAUAUGCAGCCUGA